AUGCCCACCACCAUGGGGCAGCUCUUGAAUCCAAAGGGCUACCCUUCGCGCGUCGUCUAUCGUUAUGCGCCGGUACUGCUUCUCUUCGCCUUUUGCUACGCCGGCUAUCUGCUAUGGGACGACUCUCGGAUUUGGGGCAAGGCCAGGGCGCGCCUCCCCAUCGCAUUCGACCCGACGCAUCCCAUCAAGAAGCUCAUGAUUGACGCCCGAGAAGAGCACGAGGUCACCCUCGAGACGAAACGCACAUAUAAUCUCACGGCGACCGCCGCGCGCUACCGAGAGCUGCGUGGCCGCCAUCCGCCGCCUGGCUUUGACAAAUGGGUCGAGGCUGCCGUCGCCGCCGACGCCAUACUGGUCGAGGAAUACUUUGACAGGAUAUACAAGGACCUCCGCCCGUUUUGGGGCCUCGACGCCGCGACGCUGGCCAAGCGGGCGGCGGCAAGCGACUUUGCUGUCAAGGUGCGCAACGGUACAGUCGCCGUGCGAGGUCUUGACAAGGAUUGGGUGCACUGGCUAGAGCACUGGUCCGGCCUGGUCAAGGAGUUUGCCGAGCACAUGCCCGAUGUCGACAUGCCCGUGAAUAUGAUGGACGAGCCUCGUAUCAUCGUGCCGCAUGAGACACUCGACGCUCUUGUCCAGCAAGAAUCGCAAAAGCGCCAACUACAGCCCAUCGAACAAGUGAGCACCAACUACACCGGCCUCCAGCACAUUGACGACUCCAACCCCGAACCUUAUGAUGCGCACUGGCUCGGACCCGACAACGCCUACUGGGACUUGGCCGUCAAGGCCUGUGCCCCGGGGACGCUCGCGCACGGCGUCCCCGCGAUCCGCGACUUCACCCCGGCCGCCGAGGUCCCCGACAACUGGAAGCCCAAGUACUCGUUCAAGGGCUACGUCCAGAACUGGACGGCCGCGAUCGAUCCGUGCGAGCAGCCCCAUCUGCGGCAGCUGCACGGCUCCUUUGUCGAGCCCAUCAGCAUCUCGACCACCGAGGAGCUCAUCCCCCUCUUUGGCGGCUGCAAGCUGUCCCUGAACAACGAGAUUGUCAUCCCGGGCGCCAUGUACCUCACCGACGAGCUGCGGUACUCUGGCGGCGACACCCACGGCCCGGACUGGGAAAGGAAGCGCGACGGCCUCGUGUGGCGCGGCGUCGACUCCGGCGGCCGCGCCCACGACAACAACUGGUACCACCUGCAGCGCCACCGCCUCGUCGAGAUGCUCAACGGCACCACCGUCUCCCGCGUGGAGCAGACCGGCGAGCGCGCCCUCGCCUUUGACCUGCCCCCCGCGUCCAUGUACCCCAGCGAGCACCGCGCGCAGGGCAGGCUGGGCUCCUGGAUCGCGCGCCUCGCCGACGUCGGCUUCACCGCCAUCUGCUUCCCCGACGGCUGCGACUUCCUGCGGCCAUUCCUGCGCGCCGCGCCCAGCGUCGACAUGGCCACGCAGUACGAGUACAAGUUCCUGCCCGACGUCGACGGCAACUCAUUCAGCGCGCGCUUCCGCGGCUUCCUCCUCUCGACGAGCCUGCCGCUCAAGGCCAGCGUCUACGCUGAGUGGCACGACGACCGCCUCGCCCCCUGGGUGCACUUUGUGCCCCUCGACAACACCCUCCAGGACCUCUACCCCGCCCUCGAGUUCUUCGCCGACGCGUCGGGGCCGGGCGACGCCGCGGCCCGGUACAUUGCCGAGGAGGGCAAGGCGUGGGCCGAAAAGGUCCUCCGCCGCGAGGACAUGCGCCUCUACGUCUGGAGGCUGCUUCUCGAGUGGGCGCGCGUCUGCGACGAGAACCGUGAUUCGCUUGGUUUUGUUGACGACUUGACGGGAUAA